AUGAAACCUUCUAUAGCUGAGCUGCUUCACAGAGGGAGGAUGUUGUGGAUAAUUCUUCUAAGCACAAUUGCUUUAGGAUGGACUACCCCGAUUCCCCUGAUAGAGGACUCAGAGGAAAUAGAUGAGCCCUGUUUUGAUCCAUGCUACUGUGAAGUGAAAGAAAGCCUCUUUCAUAUACAUUGUGACAGCAAAGGAUUUACAAAUAUUAGUCAGAUUGCUGAGUUCUGGUCAAGACCUUUUAAACUAUAUCUGCAGAGGAAUUCAAUGAGGAAAUUGUACACCAACAGUUUUCUUCAUUUGAAUAAUGCUGUGUCCAUUAACCUUGGGAACAAUGCAUUGCAGGACAUUCAAACAGGAGCUUUCAAUGGUCUUAAGAUUUUAAAGAGGCUAUAUCUACACGAGAACAAACUAGACAUCUUCAGAAAUGACACCUUCCUUGGCUUGGAAAGUCUGGAAUAUCUGCAGGCAGAUUACAAUGUCAUUAAACGUAUUGAGAGUGGGGCAUUUCGGAACCUAAGUAAACUGAGAGUUCUGAUUUUAAAUGAUAAUCUCAUCCCCAUGCUUCCAACCAAUUUAUUUAAGGCUGUCUCCUUAACCCACUUGGACCUACGUGGAAACAGGUUAAAAGUUCUUUUCUACCGAGGAAUGCUAGAUCACAUUGGCAGAAGCCUGAUGGAGCUCCAGCUAGAAGAAAAUCCCUGGAACUGUACAUGUGAAAUUGUGCAAUUGAAGAGUUGGCUGGAACGCAUUCCUUACACUGCCCUGGUGGGAGACAUCACCUGCGAGACUCCUUUCCAUUUCCAUGGAAAGGACCUGCGAGAAAUCAGGAAGGCAGAACUCUGUCCCUUGUUGUCUGACUCUGAGGUGGAGGCUAGUUUGGGAAUUCCCCACUUGUCAUCAAGCAAGGAAAAUGCAUGGCCAACUAAGCCUUCCUCAAUGCUGUCCUCUGUCCAUUUUACUGCUUCUUCUGUUGAAUACAAGUCCUCAAAUAAACAGCCCAAACCCACCAAACAACCUCGAACACCAAGGCCACCCUCCACAUCCCAAGCUUUAUACCCUGGUCCAAACCAACCUCCCAUUGCUCCUUACCAGACCAGACCACCCAUUCCCAUUAUAUGCCCUACUGGGUGUACCUGUAAUUUGCACAUCAAUGACCUUGGCUUGACUGUCAACUGCAAAGAGCGAGGAUUUAAUAACAUUUCUGAACUUCUUCCAAGGCCACUGAAUGCUAAGAAACUGUAUCUGAGUAGCAAUCUGAUUCAGAAAAUAUACCGUUCUGAUUUUUGGAAUUUCUCUUCCUUGGAUCUCUUACAUCUAGGGAAUAAUCGUAUUUCUUACGUCCAGGAUGGGGCUUUCAUCAACCUGCCUAACCUAAAGAGCCUCUUUCUCAAUGGCAACGAUAUCGAGAAGCUGACACCAGGCAUGUUCCGAGGCCUACAGAGUCUGCACUACUUGUAUUUUGAGUUCAAUGUCAUCCGGGAAAUCCAGCCUGCGGCCUUCAGCCUCAUGCCCAACUUGAAGCUGCUAUUCCUCAACAAUAACUUGCUGAGAACCCUGCCAACAGAUGCUUUUGCAGGCACAUCUCUGGCUCGGCUCAACUUGAGGAAGAACUACUUCCUCUACCUUCCUGUGGCUGGUGUCCUAGAACACUUGAAUGCCAUUGUCCAGAUAGACCUCAAUGAGAAUCCUUGGGACUGUACCUGUGACCUGGUUCCCUUCAAACAGUGGAUCGAAACCAUCAGCUCAGUCAGCGUGGUGGGUGAUGUCCUGUGCAGGAGCCCUGAGAACCUCACCCACCGUGACGUGCGCACUAUCGAGCUGGAAGUUCUCUGCCCAGAGAUGCUGCACAUUGUGCCCGCUGGAGCAUCCCCAGCUCGGCCUGGAGAUUCUCACCUUGCUGGGGGGCCAACGAGUGCAUCACCUUAUGAAUUCUCUCCCCCUGGGGGUCCUGUGCCACUUUCUGUGUUGAUUCUCAGCCUACUGGUUCUGUUUUUUUCAGCAGUCUUUGUUGCGGCAGGCCUCUUUGCCUAUGUCCUCCGACGGCGCCGGAAGAAGCUGCCCUUUAGAAGCAAGCGGCAGGAAGGCGUGGACCUCACUGGCAUCCAGAUGCAAUGCCACCGGCUUUUUGAGGAUGGUGGAGGUGGUGGAGGUGGAAGUGGAGGUGGGGGACGACCUGCUAUUUCUUCCCCAGAGAAGGCCCCUCCUGUGGGUCAUGUAUACGAGUACAUACCCCACCCUGUUACUCAGAUGUGCAAUAACCCCAUCUACAAGCCUCGCGAGGAGGAGGAGGUGGCCGUUUCAUCAGUCCAGGAGACAGGGCAUGCAGAACGCGGGGCUCCUGGGACACAACCCCCAGGAAUGGGGGACGUUCUCCUAGGAAGUGAGCAGUUUGCUGAGACACCCAAGGAGAACCACAGCAACUACCGGACAUUGCUAGAAAAAGAAAAGGAGUGGGCCUUGGCAGUGUCCAGCUCCCAGCUCAACACCAUAGUGACCAUGAAUCAUCAUCAUCCUCAGCCUCACCACCCAGCAGCUGGUGGGGUGUCAGGGGUAGCUGCGGGAACUGGGGGAGACUUGGCUGGGUUCCGCCGCCAUGAGAAGAAUGGUGGGGUGGUGCUGUUUCCCCCCGGGGGAGGCUGUGGUGGUGGCAGUAUGCUACUAGACCGAGAGAGGCCGCCACCAGCCCCCUGCACAGUGGGGUUUGUGGACUGUCUCUAUGGCACAGUGCCCAAAUUAAAGGAACUGCACGUCCACCCUCCUGGCAUGCAAUACCCAGACUUACAGCAGGACGCCAGGCUCAAAGAAACCCUUCUCUUCUCGGCUGGAAAGGGCUUCACAGACCACCAAACCCAAAAAAGUGAUUACCUCGAGUUAAGGGCCAAACUUCAAACCAAGCCGGAUUACCUCGAAGUCCUGGAGAAGACAACAUAUAGGUUCUAA